AAAUAUACAUAAAAAUGAAAUUAUUCAUAAAAAUUUUUUAAUUUUCAACUUGUUAGAAAUUUUUUUAGUAGUUUAAAGUCUCUGAUCAUUUGAGAAUAUUUAUUAUUUAUAAAUUGAAAAUGCUACUAUUAGUGUUUAUUGUUAGUAAAGUGAAUAAUUUUAAAAAUUAUUAUAAAAUUAGUAUAAUUUAAUUUUAAACAAUGUAGUUUAAAUCAGCCUUAUUUAUCCAAAAUGAUGAUUAAAAUAAAUGUAAAUAUAAAAACGGUGGUAACAAUGUGUAAAAGAAAAGUUGGAAUACUUGUUUUAUUGUACAGUUUUGUAAUGCAAUGCUGCUGUGAAGAAAUGAAAUAUUCACCCUGUCCUGCUUCACUAACAAAACGUCUCUUUAAUUACACCAUACUGGCCAACAAAACUUUGACCGAUCGACAAGGAUCUUACUCACCAGAUCUUUAUUGGAUUGAUGAUAACAAUAAUAUUACUUAUGGAUGUAUGUGCAAUAACUUAUCAAAACCAUGUAUUAGAAAAUGUUGUGAAGUUGGAAAAGUGUUGAAUGGAAGUUUAUGUGUUGAUUUUACAACAGUCAAAGGAUCAUUACCUACACUAAGACUUGAUAAACAGAACUUAGAUCGAGACCUAUGGGGAAUUAAUAAUUUUGAAGAAGCUUUUCAUAUAGUACAAAGUAUGAUUGUGUGUCCCAAUGGUUUUAAUAGAAUAAUUCUUAAUCCUGAAUAUCCAGAAGAUAUGUUUUUUCUCUAUAAGAAUGGUUCGCUUCAAAGAAGUUCGGAGCAGUAUUAUUUACCUUCUGAUUAUUGUUUGGAUUGGACAGAUUAUAUAUACAAUUUCUCAGCUAUACUUUGUGAAGAUGAUAGCAAAAAUGUUGCCGAAAGCACUCAUCCGAUUGGCAUGAUUAUUUCUAUUCUAUUUCUCCUAAUUACGUUCAUGGUAUAUGCAAUUGUACCCGAACUUCAUAAUUUACAUGGAAAGACAUUAAUGUGUCACAUGGCUAGUCUUAUUGCAGCAUAUACUGGUUUAGUUAUUCACAAGUUUGACUUUGAAUAUCUAUCACAUAACAAUACCUGCAUUUUUCUAGCUUACAUGAUGUACUUUUCAUUCAUAGCUAGUUUUUUCUGGCUAAACGUAAUGUGUUUCGAUAUAUGGUGGACUUUUAGUGGCUUUCGACUUUCACAUGGGAGUUUUAACCAACGAGAAAACAGAAAAUUCAUUAUGUACACAAUUUACGCAUGGGGAUGUUCUUUAAUUUUAACGCUCUUAUGUUGCGUUAUGGAAACACUUCCAAAUAUUCCAGAUUAUAUAAUAAAACCUGAAUUCAGUAAGGACAAAUGUUGGUUUCAAGAAGAAUUAGCGAAAGGGAUAUAUUUUUAUUGUCCUAUGGGAGUCACUGUCUUAACUAAUAUAUGUCUGUUUAUUUCAACGUCCAUAAAAAUUUCAAAGCACAAAAAGGAUACAACAUGUCACUUGAAAAGUAGCGAAAGUAGGAGACAUGAUGACAGCAAACAAUGGUUUAACCUAUAUCUAAAACUGUUUAUUGUAAUGGGUAUUAACUGGUCAAUGGAAAUAAUAUCAUGGCUCUUAAAUGAUGAACCGAGUUGGAUAUUUUACAUCACGGAUAUUAUGAAUUCACUUCAGGGAUUCACGAUCUUCAUAAUUUUUGUUUGCAAGAAAAAAAUUAAACAAUUGCUUCUAAGACGUUUGAGGAAUGGUGAAAAAACAAGGAAGGGAAAUUUUCAAGUUCAUUAUCAAAGUUCGACUAAAACAUGCACUACUAUAAUGCCAUCAACAGAAAAACUCAUGAAUAAUUGAGAUAGAAAUUCGUUAAAACAAAAAGGUACUUUACCUUUUUGUUUUGACGAAUUUUUCCCUAUCUAAUAUAUAUAAAUACAUAUGUCAUAUAAUAUACAUACACAUUAGAUAUAAUAGCCCAAUGGGAAAUAAACCAUUGGUUUAAUAAUGACCCAACAUUGGGAGCCAGUCGUUAAAAUCAGAAUUAAAUUUUUUUCACACUUUGCCGUUUUGGUGGCAGGAGAUAUUUUAAUUAUCUCCAUAUGUGAAAUGAAUUGAAUGAAAUUUUUGUAUCUUUUUCUUGUCGAACUAUUGGCUGACAAUAGUGGACCACGUUUUAUUAAAUUUUUGGAUGAUAUGGCCAUUAUUACCCAAUGGGAAACUGCCACGAGUAACAAUUGGCGUAUUAAUUGGCCCAAUGAUGGGAGCCAAUGAAAAAACCAUUGGCACCUAAUAAUGGACCAUUAUUGGUAAAGUCAUGGACUGUCCACGCCGAUGCCAAUGAUUGGCAACCAUCAUUGGCAAAUUAUUGGCAACCAAAAAUUAGCCAAUAUUAAAAAUUUUAAUAAUAGUUUAAAAAAAAAUUAUUUUUAUUAUUUUUUAAUAAAUAUUAUUAUUAUUAUUUUAUUUUCAAUAAUUAAAUUAAAAUAAAAAAAUGGUCAUCACAUUAUUAGUGAUAUUAUUUUUGUGCUACGAAUAAUUUUAUGUUACAUUUUCGUAGUAAAAAAAUUAAGUAACUAAUAAUUACGUCUUUUAGUUAAUUAAUUUUUUUACAGAGAAUAUUUGACAAAAAAAUUAUUUCUCAUCGUGAUAUUUUUUUGGGCCACAAAUAAUUAUCUUGAAAAAAAUUUUUUUACUACGAAAAUUUGACAAAAAAAUUAUUUUCUUUAUCGUAAUAUUUUUUUUUGUCAAAUUUUCGUUAAAAAAAUUAAUUAACGAAUUAUUAAGUAUGACAUUAUGUUAUAAAUAAUUAUUUAUUAAGAUAAUUAUUUGUCAUAUUUAAAAUAAAAUAUCUAAUAAAAUCAAAUUUUUCAAAUGUUCCCGCCCUGCGCUGUUGGCUCAGCUCUGGACUUUAGUUUCGCUCAACGCCACAGGGAGGACGAACAUCAUAACUGUUUCUGCCAGUUGAUGUCCCAUUACAUUGGUAUAUAAGCAAAGAUCGAAAAUUUUUCCUCGUCGAAAUUUUUUCUGCCCGAUGUCUCUCCUAUUUAUUGGAUUUGAGACAAACUCUUUUUUGCAAGAAAUGGUUUCACUAAUACUGUGAUGACCAUUCUUUUAUUUCAAUUUAAUUUUUAAAAAUAAAAUAAUAAUAAUAAUAACUAUUUACAAAUAAUAAAAAUAAAAAAAAUUUAUUUUAAAUAAUUGAUUUUCUGAAUUAUUAUUAAAAUUUUUAAUAUUGGCUAAUUACACAGCCAAACAAAAAAAAAAGUACCCGGGCCGGGGAAUGAGACCAACAUUUCUUGAUGUAUUUUGAUGCGCUGAACACGAAUCUGAAGUCCGUUUAGCUCCAUCACGUCAGGAUUUUGACAUAACCUCAAAAAACAUAGCUGAUUUUAAAUGACAGGAGAAAUUUUUUAAAUAAUGGCAGAUUUGCUUGAAUCUUGUUACUCGGGGGUUUUUGGGGUCGCUGAUUACGAACUUAACGUCAGAUUUAUAAAAUUCAAAAUGGCGGAUCCAAUAUGGCGACGAAUUUUUAAAAAGUAGUUGGAUUUUUACGAAAAUUGGUAUCUAGGGGUUUUGGGAGUCGCUGAUUAGAAAUUUAUCGUCAGAUUAUUCAAAUUCAAAAUGGCGGAUCCAAUAUGGCGGACGAGUUUAUUAAAAAUAGUUGAAUUUUUAUGUAACUUGGCCGAUACUGGGGUUCCGAGUCCCUGCAUCGUAAUACGUUUCCUACGUGUGUCUGCCAUGACGGCAUCAAAGCCAUUAUCCAAGGACUUAGACGGAUAGCGGGCAAACUCCUUUGCCCACCGUCACCGCGUGGAGGUGCCCUGGAUGUAGACACAUGUAGAAACAUAAAGAUAUUUAACCACCGUACUAUAUCUGCCAUUUUAUAUUUAAAUAAUCUGACGUUAAAUUCGUAAUCAGCGACUCCAAAAAAACCCCAUGAUACCAAUUUUUGUAAAAAUCCAACUACUUUUUAAAAAUUCGUCCGCCAUAUUGGAUCCGCCAUUUUGAAUUUUAUAAAUUUGACGUUAAAUUCGUAAUCAGCGAU